GAUCCCCAUUCCUGUAUAUCCCCUGUAACAACCAAGGACCAAACAGCUAUGGUGUCCAGAAGUGGAAGAAUAAUCUUACAAGCUGACUGGAAUCAUGUUUUAAAAGAAAAUGGUGAAAAGGUUUGGAUAAGCUUCAAAACAUUGAAUAAUCCUAUGAUACAUGGAGAGCUAUGUUCUGAUGGUGUCUCUUCUCAAGGUGUUCCUCUAGUUACAGGAUCAGAAAGUUUUAAUGUUCAGCAUGUUACCAAGAAUACUAUGACAGUGAAAUACAAAGAUGGAAUUGGAGAAUACACUAGAAAGUUUGUUGCACCCCAGGUAGAAUAUUCUGCAAUCCAUAACAGCAGAAAAAGUGUAACCUCCCUAGAUGUAACACCAGGAGGACUAGGUGUAUCAGCUGACAGUGAAGGGAAGCUUAAGGUGUGGGAGACCAGUAAUGGUAUUGUCAGGAGAGAUUUACAAGGACAUUUAGGAGAUGUUUAUACCUGUAAAUUUUUCCCAUCUGGUGUUGUGAUUUUGUCCGGUGGAGCAGACAUGCAACUGAAAGUGUGGUCAGCAGAAACUGGACAAUGUGCUGCUAAUAUUACAGGUCAUAAAGCAGCUAUUCUAGAUACAGUUAUAAUAGAGAGAGGCCGUAACAUUUUAUCCUCCAGUAAGGAUGGAACAGUCAAAUUAUGGGACGUAGGACAGAAGUCAUGUUUAUAUACCUAUGAAGAAUGUGGAGGCAAUGUUAACUGUUGUUCUAUAGGAAUACCAAACAGAAAUAUUGAUCUAGGUCAAUCAGAAACCAUUACUAGUGAAAGGGAAGUACAAACUGAAGGGAAGUUAUUACUGAUAGGAACAGAGGCUGGGUCAAUACAAGGCUAUGGUCUACAAACUAGGCGUAAGGUAUUUGAUCUACCUUGCCAUGGAGCAGUAAAUUGUUGUUGUAUAUUAUCAGAGAAUGCAGCUGUAUGUGGAACACAGGAUGGUUAUAUUACAGUUUUAGAUCUUAGAAAUAUCAGAGUGCCAUUGAAAGAAUGGAAAGAGACAAGAUCUGCAAUCCUCUCAUUUAGUACACAUAAUAAUGGUUUCUUUGUCAGUACAGGAGAUGGGUCCUGUUUCUUUGUGAAUGAACUAUGCAAUACAACAACAGAACUAACAGGUGCUGAUUGUGAUCAUAUUUACAAAGUAGUUUGUGACAAUACGCAUGUGUACACAGGAUGUAGGGAUGGACAAGUGAGGAAAUACAGCUGUUCUCAGGCAGGACUUUGAUAAAGGUUAUUUGGAUUCAGAUGGCAAGGAAGAUCAAGUGCUAGGUUUAUAUUCGAAAUCUGUUACAGAAGUUCAAUGAAACAAUUAGACAUGAAAGUGUCAACAUUUGGAAAUGAUACAGUGUGUAGAAAAUCUAAAACAAUUCAAUAGGAUUAAGAUUUGUUAUAGUUAGAUUAAUGCAGACUACGCCUUGCAUUUAAGUUGACAGAUAGAAGGUACAUAUUUUUGUGGUACUGUUACUUCAGAAAUUAUUGUGAGUGUUUUAAAAAUGCUUAUAUUGCAACAAGUGACUAUCACAAUAAUAAAAACUUGCUUAAUAAUUACUGAAACAUAGAUUUGUAUGCAUAUGUUUUCAAAAUCAUAAUAUUAAAACUCACAUUUCUGUCCGUUCUUAGAAAAUCACAAUUAUUUCUAAAUAAACAGAAGGGGGAUGAAGUAAUGCAAGAAAUUAUAAUUUAAAAAGAGAUCCAUCUAAAUGUCUUUUUGAAUAAGCAAUGCAAUAACUUUGUUGCUCUUGUAGCGGAGGGGGCAUUAAGUUAAACCCGUCUUUACGUCCUAAAAUUGGUUUACAUUCUCUAACUUUAAUUUGCCUCAACUAAAUGGUAUGAAACUUAUACACAAUGCUAAUUACCACAAAAACUGAUUAAGUUUGAAUAUUAGUUGUUUCACUUCAUCCAUUCUAGAAUUAUGCCUCUUUACAAAUGACAAAUAUACUGAAUAUUUCUUUUCCAUUCUCUAACCUAAGUUUAUUGCAUCCAAAUGUUAAGAAAAAAAACACAAUGCUUAUUACUACAAGACUCUAUUCAAGUGAAAAUUUGGGUACCAUCAAUUUUACACUUCUUGAGUGAUGUUCCAUUAUGACAUUAUAUGCAAGCAAAGGCAUCAUCUGUGUUCCUCCAUUUAUUAUUAACAUCAAUUAGACAUUUUAUGCACAUAAAUACUAGUACUUGAUUAAGUUGCUACAAUAUACUUCUAGCAGAUAAUUUUUAAAUAUCUUUUUCAAUUUUGUAUAUUACACAUUGUGAAUGAUGAAUGAAAUAGAAUCAUAUUUUUUUUUAUAAUUUUCAUUCAAAUAUCAAACAGACAUCAUUUAAAAAGAGUUGGUGCAUUAAACCAGAACAUGUUCACCGAAGAAAAAGAUUUAUAUCUUAAAGUGUUUGUUAAAUUUGUUUUAUUGAGUAUUUGUGUGUGAAUAUAAAUUUCUGUCAUGCAUGAAAUAGAAUGUUUUUUUAUUUGUUAUGUCCAUUCUGUUCAUUAAAAUGUUAGUUAACAAGU